CAGGUGUACCGCUAACUUAAGUACAAAAUAAUUUUCUAAUGAAUCUAUGAAAGUACGAAAUUUAUGCACGGAACGUUUUCUUUCGUGUCAUCUCCGUACUCGCAAUAAUAUCACAAUUUCGCGCACACUACGUUCGCGCAGGUACAGACAAAUUAAAAAAAAAUAAUUAAUGUCUUUAUAUAUUAAAAAUAUAUUAGUGUGUGUUAAAAAUAAUUAUAGAAGAUUCAUUGAUAUGAACCGGAGCCGAUAUUGGAAACUCCAAUUGUGCGGUACCGAAGAGGAGAUGAGAGAGGUGGCUGGUAGGAUCUGCAGGAACUAUCUCCACGGUGCUUGGAAGAGUGUCGAUCCCACGGACCUGGACUUUAGACGGAUCAGUGGUGGACUAUCCAACUUCCUCUACUACGUCGCCCUACCGCCAGACACGUCAAAGUUAGGGGGGUACGCGAGAGAGAACUCGCCGGAGACGGAGGAGAGUCGACUGUCGAAGAAACCCAUUUUGAGUUCCCAUUCGUUUUCAAUGGACGAACCGAAAAAGGUGUUGCUGAGAAUAUACGGACAAGUUCAUGGCGAGCGCGCGAUGGACGCUAUAGUCACCGAAUCUGUGAUAUUCACUCUGCUGUCUGAGAGGAGGCUGGGUCCCAAGCUGCAUGGCGUGUUCUCCGGGGGGAGGAUCGAAGAAUAUAUACCAGCACGUUCACUUCUAACAAAAGAAUUAUCAGAACCGGCACUAUCCAUGAAGAUAGCAGAGAAGAUGGCCGCGAUACAUUCGAUGGACGUGCCGCUCUCUAAGGAACCGAACUGGUUGUGGAAGACAAUGGGAAAGUGGAUGAAGACGGUCAAGGAGGAGAGGCUGGCUCAGAAUGCGACUGGCAAGAAUGAUGAAGAACAGAGCAUAAUAAAGCAGCUCAAGUCAGUCGAUUAUGAUAAAGAGGUUGAGUGGUUGAAGAAGUUCCUCGCGUCAGUCGAAUCGCCUGUGGUCUUCUGUCAUAACGACAUGCAAGAGGGUAAUAUUCUUAUUUUGGAAGACGAGAUCCAAUCAACAUCGGACGACGAGGCGUACACGUACGACGAGGCAAAGAAGAAUCAAUACGUGUUGACACAAUACGAUGACACGAACACGUCGGAUUCGAUACACAGUCAUAUUUCUGACUCGGGCGAGCCGAAACUGGUUCUCAUUGACUUCGAGUACUGCGCAUACAAUUAUAGGGGGUUCGAUAUAGCAAAUCAUUUCCAGGAGUGGUCGUACGAUUACACGAACCCCGAACACCCCUUCUAUUAUGAGAAUCAAGAGAAUUCUCCGACUUUGGAGCAGAAGGAGAUAUUCAUCAAGGAGUACCUAAAGCAUUACCACACCAACCUCUCAGAGGACAAAGAUGUUGAGCCCUCAAUCGAUGACAUAAAUCAGCUGCUAUGCGAAGUGGACGCUUUCGCUUUGGCCAGUCACUUCUUCUGGUGUCUAUGGUCGAUUGUGAAUGCAUCCAAGAGUCAGAUACCCUUUGGAUACUGGGAGUACGCGCUAUCCAGGCUAGAUACCUACCUCCGCUUAAAGCAGGAGGUAAUAAAAAAAGACAAAUACGGCUUCCCGCAGAAGAGGAAAAUCUGCGAAGUGGACAUUUGAGUUAAUUGCGAGUAGGUCCUUGUCUAAAAUUGGAGGUGCGAACGUGACAGAAAUGAACUGAUCAUUCAGCGUGUGUGAAAUCGUUAGCGGAAAUUGUUAAUUGCGAUUUUGUUGUGAUAUUUUUUAUUUUGAACACGCUGUAUAUAGAUUUUAAUUUUUUUUUGGUAUUCAUUUUGCAUGUAUACGUAUGUUUGUGUAUUUAUAUAAUAUCAUUUGAUAUUAUAUAUAUAUUAAGUGGUAAUUUACAAUAUUUACUGUAAUGAUCUGUUGCUUAUUGUAAUUAUUUCUAUAUACAGGCGUAGUAAAUAUGACACGCGACCUUCGCUUCGAAUAUUAAAAAAAAAAAAAGAAUAAGUAUAUGAAUAUUAAUCGUAAUAAAAAUGACAAUAGUUUGUCUGUAAAUAUGCUAAUUAAAAAUGCAGUAUUAACGCACAAGUUUUUUUUAAACAUUCCCGUAAUGAAAUAAAAAACAGGAAACACUAAUUUUUUGUUAAAAUGAAAUUUUAUAACGUAAAGAAUGUUUAAAUCUAUUUAAAUUUGAUAAACUACAAGACUUUUUUUUCUUUGUAUUACCAUUUUAGUGUAGUUUAUAUAUCAUAGUUUUACGAUUUAAAAUUUCGUUCGAUUUAUGAAUUUAUAAUGUUUAAUAAUAUAAUUAAAUAAUAUUUAAAUCUUUGCACGCAUAUCUAAAGUGUUUACACCGAAAAAAAUGUUAAUAAAUUGCCAGGUGAAAAAAAACGUGCCUUGGAGUUUGCUAGACGAAAAAAAAAAUUGUAUAAUAAAUAAAAUGAUUUUUUAUUAUAAUUAAUGUUAAAAUAAAUCACUGUAUCUAAAUAAUUAGCGUAAUUAAUACGUAUUAUAUUAUAUAAAUAAUUAUAAUGUUAGUUUGUGUAUAUUUUUGUGGCAUCUCGAAUAAAAACUUUAGACGGCGUUAUGUAAAAAAAUCAUAAAUAAUAUUUGUACUUAAAAUUCGUUAAUUAAUUUAUUAAUGGAUUUGACAGAUUUUAGAAAUUGUUAGAGAAUAUUUUUAUCUUAUAAUGAAGCGAGCAUCACACAGAUUGUCUUUACUAGAAGUACAAACACUCAAACGGAAAUAUCUAAAAUGUUAUGUGUCCCUUGUAAAUAUAACACUAGCUCACCCUUAAGCCGGAACAUAUCAAUAUAAAGUACUGAUGUUCAAUGACAGUAUCGGUGGUACCACAAAGUCCUAUGUACCCAAAUGCCGUCUAAAGUAAACUUAAUAAGUAUGAAGCCAACACUGAAUAUUUCACAUUCCCUAAAAGAAGAAAAAAAUUAAAAAAAAAGCAUUUUUGUAGUACUUACGUAUAACUCGAUUUUGUGAUUUAAUUUAGCUUAGGUCUUAAUAAAUUUGAAGCAGCUAUUUGUCUUAUUUACAGCGAAUAUAUACAGACAGAUAUAACUUUUGUUAGGUCUUCUUUUGUGGGACUUUUGCCAGUCUAUUAUCAAGUAAAAAAAAGUAAAAAUCAUAAACAAAAAAUGGUGCGUUCUCAAUUUCAAAUGUGUACAAUUGUCGCCUUAAAUAUAACAUAUAAGUGAAAAAAUAGGUUUUAACCAUAAAGAUUGCGCAUUUCCAAUAUAGCUAUUUAUUUUUCUAGCUGUUGUACAGGAUAUUUUACAGAAAAUAAAGAAAACCUGUAUUGGUCUCGUUGCUUCUCUCUUUCUAGAGUGUUCUAUCUCGUCUGGCUAUUUUUCUGUAUCUUUAAAUUUAAUUUCUAAAUAAUUCGACAUGGGAAGUUUAUUAUUAUCGUCCAAUUCAUAUAUUGGCUACUCGUUCAAUAUUUAAUUAUCAGAUUUCCACAAUAAAUAGUUAAAAAAGUGAUGUCUGUCUGUAUACAUUUGUUACUUUAUAAUCGAGAAUUGGAAAGAGAUGGCGAAAUAUAUCCAUUGCUAUCGCUCAUGGAAAUAUCUUUGUGUUAAAUCUUUUAUAUUAAACCAAAGAUUUUUUAUACAUAUAUAAGCUGCUUUAGUAAUAUUUAAAUUAGUCAUUAAAUAGUUACUUAUAUUUAAAUUGAAAAUUAUUAAACUCGAUUUAAGUAUUAAUUAUAAUAAUAUUACUGAAAUUAUUGUAAAUAGCCCUUCUAUGUAAUAUAUUAUGAUGUAUAGAAUUUCAUUUAAACACUAACAUUUCAAAUAAAUUAUAUGGUAACUCAGACAUACUGUUCUUAUAUAUAAAAAUGAAUUGGGAUUAAUAUAAUUCGCAUAUGCAUAUAUAUGAAAAUUUUCAUGGAUUAUGUAUUUUGUAACACGCCAAUAGAUGGCGCUAUAACUCAGAAACUUUACACCGCUCAAUAGCUGGUCGAGUGUUAUACUUAUGUAUAUUAUUAUCAACAUAUAAACAUAUAUUUGAUUAAUUUAAUCAAUAUUAAUGAAAUUUUGGCAUUUAAUAUAUAAUAAUAAAAGGCUUUAUCUAUUAAUACUGUUAGUGGGGUGAAUUAGUUAAAUGUGCUGUCUUCUUCUUUCGAAUGUCAAAUCAGUGAUGGCAGAAUGAGAGGAAUAUUCAACUAAACGCCCGCUAUUAAUGUCGAAAGAGUUUUAUACAUAACUCAUAAAUAAAGAUGAUUUUAGAAAUUAUAAUAACAAAAUUUCUUUCUAUUGUUAAGUAUUGUUAAUUUAAUUAGCUGAACAUCAUAAUCGUUUUAGAUCGAUUGUGAUUGUAAGAAUUAUGAAACGGUGACAUUUUGUAUGAUGACAGUUUGUUUUUUUUUAUUUUUAAUAAUUUUGUUUUUGUGCUUUCUAAAAUUAUCGAUUUAAUGUUACUAUAUAGAAUAACUCGUAUCGUAUUUGUACAAAUUCAUUUUAUAUUUAAAUAAAUAGUGAUUUCUAUAAAUUGUGUACAAGGUAUAAACGAGAGUAUAACGGAUAUUUUAUAUAUUUUUAAAUGAUUUUUGAAUAUAAAUCAUUCAAAGAUUAUAUACUAAAUAACUGAAAAUAAUUAAACAUUUGUCUGUUUAUAUUGUACCAAUUCGAUUGAAAUUAAACAUAUUUGUUGUGAUAUAGUGCGUUUCCGCGAACACAGUUGGCAAUUAAUGUGUUUGUUCUUCAAAAAGUCACGAAUAAUUAUUAUAUUAACAUAAAUAUAUUGUACAAAUUUUAUGACAAUUUAAGGUAAUUACAGACACGAUUGCAGAUUUUCCAUUUGUGGGGACGCAGCUUUAUGUUAGUUAGGCAAAUUUUUCGUAUCGACCUGUAUCUAGUAACGGAAUUUAAUUAAAAUUAUUUAAAAUA